UUAUCCUUUAAAAGGAAAGAGGUGACUUAAGGACCCAUCACCAGAACAUUACAGCUCUGCUUAGAUCUCUCUAUCUGUAACCACAACUUACUACUGACACUUUCUUCUUAAAAACCUCUCCCUUCUUGUCGAUUUCUCCGACCCAUUAGAUAUUCCCUCAAAAACACUCUUAAAAAGACAAUCUUUUUAGUUUUUUAUUUUAGUUUUGUCUGUCUGAAUCCUCUGUUCUGCGUGACCCAACAACACUGGUGAAGUUAGUGGCUUUCUUGGUCUGCUUAGAGAUCUGUGAUCAAUGGUGAGCUCGAUGGAUGAGAAAGUGGUGGCUGUGAUCAUGGUCGGUGGUCCAACCAAAGGUACUCGAUUCCGACCAUUGUCCCUGAAUAUUCCAAAGCCUCUGUUUCCUAUUGCGGGACAACCAAUGGUGCAUCAUCCAAUUUCAGCGUGUAAAAGGAUUCCAAACUUAGCUCAAAUCUAUCUUGUUGGUUUCUAUGAGGAAAGGGAGUUUGCCCUUUAUGUCUCUGCCAUUUCCAAUGAACUCAAAGUUCCUGUCAGAUAUCUGAGAGAAGACAAGCCACAUGGUUCAGCUGGUGGUCUGUAUCACUUUAGAAAUCUAAUCAUGGAAGAUGACCCGUCUCAUAUCUUCCUGCUUAACUGUGAUGUUUGCUGCAGUUUCCCCUUGCCUGAAAUGCUCGAGGCUCAUCGGAAAUAUGGUGGAAUUGGAACACUUCUUGUGAUCAAGGUCUCUCCUGAAUCAGCCAGCCAGUUUGGAGAACUGGUUGCAGAUCCAGUUACUAAUGAGCUGCUUCAUUACACCGAGAAACCUGAAACUUUUGUCAGUGACCGUAUUAACUGCGGUGUUUAUGUAUUUACACCUGACAUUUUUACUGCCAUAAGAGAUGUUUCUUCUCAAACGAAAGAUACAGCAACUUUGAGACGUGUUUCCAGCGUUGAAGCUCUUCAACCGGCAACAAGGAACUCCACGGAUUUUGUAAGACUGGAUCAAGACAUCCUUUCACCUCUAGCUGGGAAGAAACAGCUAUAUACUUACGAGACUAUAGAUUUCUGGGAGCAAAUUAAAUCUCCUGGAAUGUCGCUGAGGUGCUCGGAACUCUAUCUUUCUCAGUUCCGGUUGACCUCACCCCAAGUGCUGGCUAGUGGAGAUGGAACAAAGAGUGCCAUAGUGACUGGUGAUGUUUUCAUACAUCCUUCUGCAAAAGUACACCCAACUGCAAAGAUUGGUCCCAACGUCUCAAUCUCUGCCAAUGCUCGUGUUGGACCCGGUGUCAGGCUUAUCAGCUGUAUCAUCCUUGAUGACGUUGAGAUCAUGGAAAAUGCAGUGGUGACUAACGCAAUUGUUGGGUGGAAAUCUUCUAUCGGGAGAUGGUCCCGUGUCCAGGCAUGGAGUCUACAACUCCAAACUCGGAGUUACAAUUCUCGGAGACUCGGUUGCAGUUGAAGACGAGGUUGUGGUGACCAGCAGUAUCGUUCUUCCAAACAAGACACUCAACGUCAGUGUUCAAGACGAGAUCAUCUUGUAACUGAAGAAACGAACCAACCCUGUGGAAGCAAGUUAUUUGGGAAGUAACUCAAAUGAAUCAUUUACUUUACAUAAAAAUUGCCAACUUUGUAUCAGAUUCCAUCAUCUAUACUCAGACACACAGCUACUGUAAAACGCACUGAAUUUUUUGGCCCAUGAUAAUAAAGCAAUUGUGUAAUUUAGCA